CUGGUCAAUCUCUCCUCCCAGUUUCCUCUCCCAGUUCUGCAGCAGCGUGGCUCCUCCCCCCGGACGGUCCUCUCAGCCAAUCAGCUCCAGGAACAGCUGGCUCUGGGUGUGGUCACCUCCUCCCACCCGGCCCCAUCCUCGUUCUGGAAAGCCUCCAACCUUAUAAAUCCUUUGUCCGUGACGCUCCCCUCAAGGCUGCGCUCAGCUCCUCGUGUUCAUCUGGUCCCGUCUUUUUACUCUUUUGUAAAAACUCCCGAAUCCACUAUGAGGGAAAUUGUGCACAUCCAGGCCGGUCAGUGCGGUAACCAGAUCGGUGCCAAGUUCUGGGAAGUGAUCAGCGAUGAGCACGGCAUCGAUCCCACGGGGACUUACCACGGAGACAGCGACCUGCAGCUGGACCGGAUCAGUGUCUACUACAAUGAGGCCACAGGGGGUAAAUAUGUGCCUCGGGCUAUUCUUGUGGAUUUGGAGCCCGGUACCAUGGACUCCGUGAGGUCUGGACCCUUUGGGCAAAUCUUCAGACCUGACAACUUUGUAUUCGGUCAGAGUGGUGCUGGAAACAACUGGGCCAAGGGUCACUACACAGAGGGGGCUGAGCUGGUGGACUCAGUCCUGGAUGUGGUCCGUAAGGAGUCUGAGAGCUGCGACUGCCUGCAGGGCUUCCAGCUCACCCACUCUCUCGGUGGUGGAACUGGAUCUGGAAUGGGAACUCUGCUCAUCAGCAAAAUCCGUGAAGAGUACCCCGACCGUAUAAUGAACACCUUCAGUGUGGUGCCUUCCCCCAAGGUGUCAGACACGGUGGUCGAGCCAUACAAUGCCACCCUGUCCGUCCACCAGCUUGUUGAGAACACCGACGAAACUUACUGCAUUGACAACGAGGCCCUUUAUGACAUCUGCUUCCGCACUCUGAAACUGACCACACCCACCUACGGAGACCUUAACCAUCUGGUGUCCGCCACCAUGAGCGGCGUCACCACCUGCCUGCGGUUCCCCGGUCAGCUCAACGCCGAUCUCCGCAAACUGGCUGUCAACAUGGUGCCUUUCCCCCGUUUGCACUUCUUCAUGCCUGGUUUCGCUCCCCUGACCAGCCGGGGCAGCCAGCAGUACCGUGCCCUCACAGUUCCCGAGCUCACCCAGCAGGUGUUCGACGCCAAGAACAUGAUGGCGGCGUGCGACCCCCGUCACGGCCGCUAUCUGACAGUUGCAGCUGUGUUCCGCGGCCGCAUGUCCAUGAAGGAGGUGGACGAGCAGAUGCUGAACGUGCAGAACAAGAACAGCAGCUACUUCGUUGAAUGGAUCCCCAACAACGUCAAGACCGCUGUUUGUGACAUUCCACCCCGUGGCCUCAAGAUGGCCGUCACUUUUAUUGGCAACAGCACAGCCAUCCAGGAGCUGUUUAAGCGCAUCUCCGAGCAAUUCACUGCCAUGUUCCGGCGCAAGGCCUUCCUGCAUUGGUACACAGGUGAAGGUAUGGAUGAGAUGGAGUUCACUGAGGCAGAGAGCAACAUGAAUGACCUGGUGUCUGAGUAUCAGCAGUACCAGGAUGCCACUGCUGAGGAGGAGGGCGAGUUUGAGGAGGAGGCCGAAGAUGAUGCCUGA